UGGCAGCAGCCUGCCCUCUGCAGGAAGAAGACAGGAGUGCAGCAUACUGGAAACCUGGAGCUCAGUGGUCUCUAUUGAGUGUGCGCCAGCGCUCCAGCCCCAAGGCCGUAUCCAAAUCCCUUGGGACCAAAGUUUUUGCCGUAACAGGCUGUUGGGAAGAAAGCAAUUUUGGAGGCAAGACAAUCAACAAGGAGCCAAAAAAGAAGGUAGAAGCUUGUACAUGAGCUGAAUGUCAUGAUGUCACAAUGACUCCAGCUCCCAGCUCCAGGACAAAGCAUAUGGAGCAGGAGAUGACUCCUUCUCUGACUUGUUAUGACAAGUCGUCUCGUAGAUUGAAAAUGAUGGGAUGCAGAUAGUGAUGAGACUGACAGGGUUGACAACUGUCACUAUAACCACAGAGGGGAGUGCAUUGAGAGCUUCCUGUCUCUGUGAAUGGCGAGGCGCUGCGGACCAAUGGGAGGGCAGUGGUGAGGAUGCAACAGUGAUCCAGGAAAAAACAGCCCAUUGUUUCUGGGACAUCGGAGAAGUGUGACCCUCCCUCUUGCCGGCUCCGGCUGCUCGGCUUAGCAGCACACUGAAGGACCCAGAACCCCAUUGACAGGUCAGUAUGAGUGGGGGAGUAAAUUUGAAAUCGCCCCCCCGGGCUCCUCCCUCGUCAGGAAUCCCUCUCCCACACAGCCUGUUGCCCUCCUCCCCCAAAGCUGACACCCGCUGCCGGACUACUGACCUGUCCACACCCUUAACACAGACCCCUAAACACACACCCACACACACCCCCACACACUCUCCUUUGCUUUGCCCACGGAGCUCCAGCAUCCCCGGGCCUUCCUCCAGGGACCCGACGAGAGACCCUGGCCUGAAAAGUCAGCUCUUCAAGAGGAUGGGAGCUCUACCCACUCCCCAGGUGUCACGCUCCGCCUACAGCAGCCCGUCAACCCAGCGCAGGGUACUGCCGCCACACUCCAAAGACACCCUGGAUCUGGGAAAACCGACCCCGCCUCACAUGCCCUCACAGUUUCCACAUGAUGGCAAUCGCAACAGAAAUGCCUUCACCAAUAAGAACCAAACGUGGGGAACCAGCAACCUGCGUCCACCGCCCCAGUACAGAAGAGGAGACAACUCCAAUGCUCUAUCCCAGGCAAUGGAUGAGGUCAUGCCACGAAGAGAGGAAGAGCCUCCAGAAAACCACCCAGCCCAGGCCGCCGUGUUGAACAACGGCAACCUCCGCCCCUCUUUCGCUCAGAUGAGAUAUGAGCACGAGAUCAGAGGUCGCAGUGACUCCACCAGCCAGUCUGAUGAGGAGAUGGGGACUCCUGAGGACAGCAGUCCGGCCUCCUCUCCUGGUACCUUGUCGGUGCCACCGAUCAUAUUCACUGUGCCGGUGAUGUCCAAGGUGGCUGUCGUGCCGGACAGUGAGGCUGCGUCCACAGAGACACACGCACCCAAAGUCAACAUGGCUACUGUGGCUCCCUUCAGCUACAGGGUGCGAGUGCAGGAGAGCGAUUUCUUUUCAGUGGACGAACUGAGUGACUGCUCAUCUGGAUCCAUAGAAGUAUGCUGUGAUGACUUAACAGCAGGAGGGAUGCUGGAGGCUAAUGUGGCUAACAUUAGCAUGACGGCUAAGCCCAGAGAGCUGGACCUGAGGUCUGCUGCUGUCUCCUGCCAGGAAACUUCAGCCCAGGCCAUGGCCUCUAGGAAAUCCUCGGCCAAGCCAUCCACUCUGUCCCAAGGACCUUCACGUGCCUCAGGACCAGAGCUCAAGGUCUACCGGCCCACCUCUGGAUCUAUCCCUAUCCCAAUCCCCAAUCCUUCCAGGCUUCGCAAGCAACGCUCACUUAGCAACUUGUGUGUGCUUACUGAUGCUGAGAAGAAGCUGCACUUGUACCAGUCGCCCCACUGGAACGAUGAUACGAGCCGGCCUGGCGCUGGCGCCAACAAGCCGAACCAGACUAAGACAGGUCAGUCCGCGGCUGGGAGACCUCCACUUUCCCGGACCCUUUCAAAGUCAGAACAGUCUCUUUUCCAGGGGAAGCCCAAACCUUUCUGCUCCCCGUCUGUGACUUCUAACACGAGCAAGCCGAGUCGAAUCCCUGCCCCUGGUAAACCACGGGGGCCUUAUGCUGAGGUCAAGCCCAUCAGCAAGGCCGCUGAGGCGGGCAAGAGUGCAGACACAGAUCCUGCAGACCACCCAACUAAGGCAAACUCCAAUGGAGCUGGUACUACUGGGACGAAUGGCAAGAAACGUGGAGAAAUGGAGACAUCUGCUGCUCCGUCAACAGAGGAGAAGAAAGAGAGGAAGGGGAUAGAGGGAGAAGAUGAUAAGGGCUUUCUGAAGGUGGACCCAGAGUUAGUGGUGACGGUUCUGGGAGACCUGGAGCAGCUGCUUUUCAGCCAAAUUCUCGACCCGGAGUCCCAGAGGAAGAGGACCGUGCAAAAUGUUCUGGACCUUCGACAGAACCUGGAGGAAACCAUGACCAGCCUGAGAGGGGUGCAGCUCAGCCACAGCUGUGUGGAGGGGACCAUGUGCUACGACAGCGACGAAGCUGCUGCGUUCUCGAUUUCCAGUCUAUCAAAUCGCUCCUCUCCGCUUUCGUGGCGCCAGGGUCAAGCCAGCCCCCGUCUACAGGCCGGUGACGCUCCGUCCACAGGUAACACCCAGUUAGACGUCCCCCUCCGGAUCAGCCACACAUCUCGUAUCCAGCUCAUCGAAGCACUGGACGACUCGGAUCCGGCCCUCCUGAAGGGAGAUUACCUCAGCAACAGCAACCUCGACAGGAAGAGCCCAGACGAGGAUGAUGAAGAGGAUGAUGAUGAUGAUAUUGAUGAUCUGGGGAAUGGUUGGGAUGAGAGCAGUUCCAUCAGCAGCGGCUUGAGUGAUGGCUCAGACAACCUCAGCUCUGAAGAGUUCAACACGAGUCCCACUCUCAACUCACUUCCGACCACUCCUAUCGGCUCCCGCAGGAAUUCAGCCUUAGUGAUGCGUACGGAUGCAGAGAAGAGAUCGCUGGUGGAGAGUGGUCUGUCCUGGGACACUGAUGUCACCAAACCUGGACGCAAGAGCCAUGGCAGCGGCGUCUAUGAUACAGGAAGUCUCAAGUCCGAAUCAGCCAAUAAAUGGAAAAAGACACGGACACAGGGGGAGGGUCUGGAAGGAGGGAAAGGCGAACUGAAGAAACCUCAGACCCUGGGUCAUGGGAAUGUGUUGAAGAAAGGAAGAAACCCACCUGUGGGAGUCACCUCGCCAAUCACACACACCUCUCAGAGUGCACUGAAAGUGGCGGGUACUGUAAAGUCCGAUGGGAAGCCAAUGGAUAAGUCUCGGUUAGCAGUGAAGACCUCCGGCCUUCAGCGCUCUUCUUCUGAUGCCUGCAAAGACCACAGAAAUGGCAUCGGUGCUGGUGAGCAACGUAAACCUCCGUCCGGCCUGGUCAGACCCUCAACUGGUGGAAAUUUUGGCUUCAAGAAGCCCACCACAGCUACCAGCAAUGGCACAAACAAUGCCAAUACGACCACUGUGAUGAGUACAGGCGGCAGUGCCAUACCGUGCGGCUCUGCAACUGUGGGGAAGAUUCCCAAAACGUCGGGUAUUCCUGUUAAACCAGGGGCUGGUGGUGGUGGUGGUGGUGGAGGACGCAAGACAAGUCUUGAUGUGUCAAACAGUGACCAGAGUGGUUUUCUAUCCCCAAAUGCCAGGACGUCUCUCCAGUACCGCUCUCUGCCUCGCCCGGCAAAGACAAACACCCUGACUCUGACCCGGCCGAGCUCUGCCCGCCCAAUGAGCACUACCAUGGACACAAGCUCAGGGCUGAUCAAACCCUCCACCACGGUGCUUCAGGGCUCGAGGCUCAAGGAGCCUGCCUCAGGGCUUGGUUCUGGAACAGGGAUGAGUAAGGCAGGGGGGCGUGGGAUCCCAAGUCCAGGUCCUGUCAAUCAGACAGACAGAGAGAAGGAGAAAGAGAGGGCCAAAGCUAAAGCUGUAGUAUCUGACUCUGAGUGUGGAGGUGGGUCUCUGAAGGGCAGCCCUGCUCAGACCCCAUCUGAGAACGGGGGGAAGCUACAGGGGCUUAGGCCUCCCAGCAGUGGCAAGUGCAUGGAUCUGCCCUCACCCAACACACACAGGUUAUCUGGAGUGCGCAGCCUGGCAAAGCCUCCAUCCAUGGCCCAGCUUGACAAGCUGAACUCGAACAGCCUAGAGGUGGGAGGUCAGGACUCCCUGCCACCUAAAAUUCCUCCCUACUCCAAGCUCCAAGACCUGGCCAGCUCAGUAGGCAGCACCACUGGCCCCUGCCUGACCCCCAGCCCUGCCCCAUUACUCAAUGUGAACUCUUCGGCCUGCUUCUCGAGCUCGGGGACUGGGUUGGGGCCCAGGCAGGUCUCUUCCCUCGGGGUCGAAGGGAGCGGAGGGAGCACAUCUCCCCUGCUCUACCCUCGUAUGUCUGGGCUGCAUCGCAGCCUGGAGUCCCUACCACUCCAAAUGAGUCUGGCCCCAGAGCCCCAGGGCAGGGAGAAGGAGAGGGAGAGGGAGAAUUUGGUGAAAGGCUACACUGCCACAGAGUCCAGAGACAAAACUAGACGGGAAGACAGAGGCCCUCCUGCCAGCUGGAACUCUGGAAGUAAAGGUUCAUUGUCUCUCACAGACAGUUCUCAGAGAGACAGAAACACGCUGCCAAAGAAAGGUUUAAGUUUCAGCGGUGCCCCCCAGGUUGAGGAGGAAGGAAAGGAGAAAGGAGAGAGGAGACACUCUCAUACUAUUCUCAGUAUGACAGACUCGCUUGCUCUUCCACUGCUGUCCUCACCCACCUCCCUGCCUCGCACCUCAAAGACCAGUAUGGUACCCAGCCCUGUCAGUGGACCUCCAAGGAUGACUCGAUCCAACAGCAUCCCAACACACGAUGCAUCUCUGGAGCUGUAUGGAGCAUCCCCGCUGGGCAGCACACUGUCGCUGGCUGAACGCCCCCGCAGCAUGGGAAUGGUUCGCUCUGGAUCCUUCAGGGACAAGGAGCCUGACGAAGUUCAUGGGUCUGUGCUCUCCCUGGCAUCCAACGCCUCGUCAAGUUACUCUUCGGUGAGUGCGGGCAGCAUGCACAAUCAGCAAAUCCGUAAGCUGAGGAGGGAGCUGGAAUCAUCCCAGGAGAAGGUGUCUAACCUGACGACACAGCUGACAGCAAACCAGGCCAAUCUGGUGGCUGCCUUUGAGCAAAGUUUAUUACUGAUGACUACCCGGCUGCAGAGUCUGUCAGUAAGCCAUGAACAAAAGGACUCUGAGCUGAUGGAUCUGAGGGAGACCAUCGAGGCUCUGAGGGCCAAGAAUGAAGAAGCCCAGGCUGUCAUACAGGGAGCCUUAAACAACCCAGACAUGAAAGACCUGCGAAUUCGACGUCAGAACUCAUGUGAGAGCAUCUCCAGUCUCAACAGCCUGACCAGUAUGUCGAGUGUGGGCAGCUUGAAGGACCAAGAUGCCAAGAAGAAGAAGAAAAAGAGCUGGGUCUUCGAGCUGAGGAGCUCCUUCAAUAAGGCAUUCAGUAUUAAGAAAGGCUCCAAAACUUACUCAGACAUUGAGGAAAUCGCCACCCCUGACUCUUCAGCUCCCAACUCCCCAAAGAUGCUUCAUGAGGGGGGCGAAGGAGGAGAAAACCAGCCCUCAUCCCUCAAAACCUCGGCCUCUGCCACGUCCUCUGUAAUCAUGGAGACUACAGAAGAGGGGGACAAUGAGGAAACAGCAGUGUCAGAGCUACGCUCAGAACUCUGGGUGAAAGAGAGAGAACUGACAGACAUCCGACUGGAGGCUUUAAGCUCCGCACAUCAGCUGGAGCAACUUCGCGAAGCCAUGAACAGCAUGCAGUCUACGGUGGAGAACCUGAAGGCAGAGAAUGACCAUUUGAAAACAGGAAGUCAGCUCCAUCUCCCUGGCUCUGGUCCCACCUCUUCCACCUCCCAGCCUUCAGGCCUGGCCUCUCUCCUGGGGCCCUCGCUGAGGCAGCCGAUGAGUAUGUCCCUCACCAAGUCCUUCAGCCUCAGUCUGAAUGAUUGUAAAGAUCCAGACUUGUCUCCAGUUGAAAUGUUAAGUGUGUCUUCCCAGCUGGAUGAGGUGUGUGCACGAGUACUGGUCCGCAUUGGAGAUCAAGCAGAGGACAGUAAGCAGCAGCAGGAGUACUACCUGGGCUCAGUGCUGGUCAGCGCGAGGACUGACUGGGCCUGUCUCGACUCUCUUAUAGCUAAGACCUUCAAGGACUACCUGACUCAAGUGGACCCGACAGCCAGCCUGGGUCUGUCCUGUGAUUCACUGCACCUGUACCAGCUGACCCAGGGAGGGCAGAGGGUGAUAGGAGGGGACAAACCUCAAGCCUCACCUUAUCGUUGUCUCGGCAGUGGUUCAGCUCGAAUAUUUGUCACCUUGAAAGGUCUUCAAGAAAAAUGUGUUGACUCGCUGGUGUUUGAGACUCUGGUUCCCAAGCCGAUGAUGCUGCACUACAUCAGCUUGCUGAUGAAGCACAGGCGCCUCGUUCUGUCUGGACCCAGCGGAACGGGAAAGACUUACCUGGCUCAGCGUCUGGCCCACUACCUCCUGCAGCGCAGCCGGACUGACUCGUCUGAGGGAGACCAUGAGCCCUGUCUGCUGGGUCGCAGCGCUGCCGUUACCUUCAACAUGCAUCGGCAGUCGCAGAAGGAGUUGCAGUUGUAUCUGUCCGAUCUAGCAAAUCAGAUUGACAGAGAGAGCGGAGGAGAAAUGCCGCUGGUGAUUAUUAUAGAUGACAUUACUGACUCAGCUGCAAUCACUGAGCUUGUAAACGGAGCGCUCACCUGCAAGUAUCACAAAUGUCCUUACAUUAUUGGAACAACCAAUCAGCCUGUGAAGAUGACAUCUAACCACGGACUACACCUUAGCUUCAGGAUGGUGACGUUCUCCAACAACGUGGAGCCGGCUAACGGAUUCCUGCUGAGGUACCUGCACCGUAAAUCUGUGGAAGCCUACCAGGAGAAAGAGCAGGACUCAGCACGCCAGCAGGCUCUCCUACGCGUGCUGGACUGGAUCCCUCAGCUCUGGUACCACCUCCACGCUUUCCUGGAGAAACAUAGCACUUCAGACUUCCUCAUAGGUCCCUGCUUCUUCCUUUCGUGCCCAGUAUCAGUGGCCGAGUUCAGGCAGUGGUUCAUUGACCUGUGGAACCACUCAAUUAUACCAUACCUGCAGGAGGGAGCCAAAGACGGUAUCAAGGUGCAUGGGCAGAAGGCGGUAUGGGAGGAUCCAGUGGAGUGGGUGAGAGGGACUCUCCCUUGGCCUAAUGCACAGCAGGACCAGUCCAGGCUCUUUCACCUACCUCCCCCCAGCAUAGGUCCACCCAGUGAGGAGAAGAAGCCCCCCAAAGACACGCCUCCACCCAGCACACUGGAGUCAGACCCACUGAUGGCCAUGCUGCUGAAGCUCCAGGAGUCAGCCAACUACAUCGAGUCUCCAGAGCGGGAGGGCUGUCUGGAUCCCACUCUGCAGGCUACACUCUGAGGAUAACACGCGACCGUCAGUCAAGAUAUGGAAUUAUGGACUCUUCAUCAUGGCUGACACAGCGGGUGCAGUCCCAAUGAGACUUCAGAGACUCAAUAAUUAACUUAAGUGUGCGCUCAGUGAGCAGCUACAAAGCUAAAUGUAAAGGAUCUAUAUAGUGAGAGAGUGAUUAUGGACAAUGGGUUUGCUCUGCCCUGCUAUCAGAACUUUGAAAAGACAAUUAAACCGCUUUCAUAUGAAGCUGGGAUGAUGAUGGGAAAGACAUUGAUUUGUCUCUUCUCUGCCCUCAAUUUGUUCCAGAUGGGUUGUUGUUGAAUCUGCAAGUGCAUGGUAACCAGAAUAGUAUGACGCAAAAUAUUACCUAUAAUCCUAUUGAUCAAGACCCAUUCUUUUCUUUUUCUUUUCAUUUCCGACCGCCACAACUUUCUCCUCAACUAUUGGUGCUUACUGUACUGGUUUUCUUUGAAGGCGCAUGCUUCAUUUCACAAAGAAAUUCACCUCAUACGUAACUCUGACUUCCUCAAAAGUAGGAUCGUCGCUCGACAACAGCCAAAAAAUGCACUUUAUUUUCUACUUGUGGUAAUUGGAUUUUAGGAGGCUGUGUCAGUGACUGUGCAUCAAAUGGGGACUAUCAGUUUGGCCAAAUUAUGCAGUUCAUUAGUAAUUCCUCUAGAUGGCAGCAAGUAACUACUUAUUCCUGCCUCAGUGCUCUCCUGAUGUGCUUUCUGACUUAUCAAAGGUGCUCGGUAUCGAACAUAACACACAAAACUCUGAGAAUGGCCUUGAAUGUUUUUUCUUUAGCCAUUGUGUAAUUCAAGGAUGGAAUAGCAGAACUGUGAAGCUGUUAGAGUAAUGUGCAUGGGUGAAUAACAAACCGGUUUUAGGGUCAACGUGUAAAGAAGAUGUCAUCAUCGGUGGACUCAGUACCCACUGACAUUGAAUCUACUCAACAUACUGUAUUGAAAACACACCGGAGAAAAAAAAAACCUGCUUGUUUAUCUAGUCUGCCAAAAACUGCCGACCAUUUCCGGUUGUGCUUGCGUCUAUUCUGUAUUUAGAUAUUGGUUUUAAAAACACAGAAUUCUGUUGUGAUAGAUGAGGACACAGCUUUGAAAAUCUUGAUUUUGUAGGAUUUUAUACUGAUUCUUCUCCAACCAUAUAACUGUAUACAGCAACUACAACCUAUGUACACCUAACAUGCCAUUAUCUGCAGCGGCAGACAGUGUAGAGGUGUCGUCACUGUUUCGAUCAUUUCUCAUUCAUCGGGGGAAAGUGGACAACAUCAUUAAAAAUAAACAACUGCCAUCAAGUGAUAAGAAUCUGUACAAAACACGUUUCCUUCCUCAUAGCAUUUGCUCUUUAUAUCUUUGAUAACGUCCCUUUUUUCAAACAGUAGAUAUCAGAGUACGGGCUGGGAGUGGGGGGACUUAUUUUUAUUCCUUUCCUUCAUUUGUUUGCACAUAAUAUAUGUUAGAGUACUAGAUUACAGAGUAUUUAUUGCUCACUUCUUGACUGUUCUUGUGAGGAAGGAAGAAAGCAUUAGAAAAAGACGUGUAAGAGGAGAAAACUGGAGAUAGAAGAGAUAUUCUUAAACCUCUCAGCCCUGUGCCCCUCGACCCUGAAGUACCUCAGACUGCCAUAUUCUGUCCACACGUUCCUCUACUUUCCAAACAGGGUGCUGGUGUAAAGUAGAGACAUGAUGCCUAAGUCUAUCUGUGCCUGAAACACAAUUUGGCCUGAAGCCGCUUUUGAGCUGCUUUAAUCUACCACACUGAGGCCUCAGAAUAGAGGAAACAUCAUCACUUCCUCUCACCUACUCUGAUGUCACUUUAAUGUCAUCACCUUGAUGCCCAGAUUCAGGUGGAGAGUGGGUUUUCAAUUUUGACCUUUGGCUUGUAGUCAUGGUGAUAUGCUGUUUGUUGAGGUGAUGUGUGUAUAUGUGUCAGUUUACUCCGCAAUAGAUGAGAAUGUGUAUCACGACAUGCUUGUGUGCGAUUCGACGCCAUGUAAGUGUGAAAUCCUUGACAUCUUUGAGGAGUUGCCUGAGAGUUUGGAAGCGGCGUAAGAACAGAUAUUAGCCAGGAGAUGUAAUGUUGAUGCAUGUGUCCCUGCAGUGUUUCCCAAAGUGUUGUUUUAUUGGACCUACCACACCUUAACCUUAUCACGGGAGGGAUUUUUUUAAAUAACUGGAUAUCUUCCUCUUUUCAUGUUGUUUUUAAGAGCAGACAUUUGUUUUGGUUUUUUUUCUUAUGCAAAUAUUUGUAAAGGUUUCUUUCUCUUUUGUACAUGACAUCACUAUUGUACACACUGUAAAUAGUCAGUGCAUCUGCGACAACAAUCUACAAGUGAGGAGAUCUAAGAGAAGGCAUGGCCCCUGUAUGCAGAAAAGGGGGUGUCCUCUGUGGUUUUAUUGUCUUCCUCCAGCAGGAAGGAGCACUUGGCUUAAAAGGGGGCCUAAUAAUGGUUUUAUGGCGUGUCUCUAUAACCACAUCAAAUCCCAUAUGUCUAACAUUGCUCAAUGGACACAAUAAAGUCAUGCCAUUCUUCACAUCA